GCAUGGGAAAGGUUUAAAGAAUUACAAAACUUGUGUCCACAUCAUGGGUAUGAAACUUGGAGGUUGGUUAGUUAUUUCUAUGAGGGUUUAACUAGUAGGGAGCGUCAAUUCAUAGAGAUGAUAUGUAACGGGGAAUUUUUGCAUAAGGACCCAGAAGAAGCCAUAGAUUAUUUAAAUGAGUUAGUUGAAAAAGCUCACACUUGGACAGGACCUAGUGCCACUGAUAGUACUAGUAGGUCACGAUCAUCUGGGAUUUACCACCUUAAGGAGGAAGAUAACCUUAGAGCCCAAUUAGAAGCUGCAACUAGGGAACUUGAGAUGUUAAAAAUGAAAAAUAAUAGAGUCACCCACACAGUUGCUAAGUUAGAAGCUCAGGCUCCAUGUUUUGUUUGUGGGGGAUUGGAUCAUUUAGCUCAAGAUUGCCCAACUUAUGGUGAGAUGAGAGGGGAAUCUACCUCUAAUUCCAAGAACAUUCAAGGGGUCAAUGCAAUCACUACUCGUACUGGUAAGGUUAUAGAGCCAUUGCAAAAAUCACCUAAAUUGAAGGAUGCUACUCCAAGGAGCCGUGAAGAUGACCUGUUGGAAGAACCUGAGAAGGAGGUCCCAAUUCGAGUUCCUUUCCCUCAAGCUCUUAAAUCUGGAAAGAUUUUAGACAACCAAGGGGACAACUCGGCUGGUCGAAUUAGGAAAGCAGCAGCAGCGGCAACCGGCAACCUAGGCAACAGCAGCGCCAACGCAGCAUCGAUGGCAAUGCAAAACCAAUGGCAAUGUGAAAUUCUAGAGAUGGAGAUUCCGUCGUCACCGGAGAAGAAGAAGAACUAAUUUUAAAAUUCUUAACUAUCAUGCAUACUCCUAGAAGAAUUUAGUUUCUAAAAUUGUUUAAGAUCACACAAUUUCAUGAUUUUGUGCGUGAUCUUCGAUCAAUUUUUCAACAUCCAUAAUUUUUGUCCGAUUUAAAUUGUUGAACCCACUUAACAUCAUAAAAUCAUGCAAUUUUA